UCACCGGAAACGUCAAACGGACGAAACACGAUGGACGAGUGCAUGCUGAAUGACUUGUUGGAGUGCUCGGUGUGCCUCGAGCGACUCGAUACGUCCAGCAAAGUGCUGCCGUGCCAGCACACGUUCUGCAAGAAGUGCCUGGAGGAGAUCGUGAGCACUCAUCGCGAGUUACGCUGCCCGGAAUGCCGCGUGCUCGUGGACGCAAAGGUGGACGACCUGCCGCCGAAUGUCCUGUUGAUGCGAAUCCUCGAGGGGAUGCGCAACGCCGCGCCGAAGAACCAGGCCAAGUCCGCGUCCGCGUUGUCGAGGUCAUCCGGUGGCACCGCUGUGCCGCAACGGCUCUUUGGCGGCCACCAGGUCGCUCCGGCACCUACAGUGACCGGCAAUCUCGCGCCUGCCAUCGCUAUCGCCUCCGAGACUACAGUACGACAUUCCAAUGCUGCCGCCAAGCAGGUGCACCUGCACAAUCAGGCGUAUGGCAGGGCAAUCUAUGACUAUGUCUCCAAGGUACCAGGCGAUUUGAAUUUCAAGAAGGGUGACAUAGUCAUUCUGCGCAAGAAAAUUGAUAACAACUGGUACUUUGGAGAAUGCGGCAAUAAUCAUGGUGUUUUUCCCCUCUCUUAUGUGCAGGUAAUGACACCUUUGACACCCCAUGUACCCCAAUGUAAAGCACUAUAUGACUUUAGGAUGACCAACGAUGACGAAGAUGGCUGUUUGACUUUUAACAAGGGAGAAGUUAUCAGCGUUAUUAGAAGAGUGGACGAAAAUUGGGCAGAAGGUAAACUCUUGGACAGGAUUGGAAUCUUUCCGUUAGCUUUCGUGGAGCUGAAUAGUGUUGCUAGAGCUUUGAUGAAACUUUCCACUAAUGUCCAACCAGGACCAUCAAGAGUGGCACCACCAACUCCGACGAAUGAAGAAACUACACCUUUGAUACCAACCGAUCAUUCGCGCAACGUGCAAACGACGAGCCAACCGCGGCCGCAACUGGUACAGACCGCUGCAUUACCAGUUUCCGAUUCGGUCUCGAAUGUCUCGUCGGGCGGUAGCUCUACGACCACAACUCCGAACACGCCCAACAGCUCAACCACGUCCAGCAGCUCUAGUACUGCUCCGAGCAGCCCUGGCAGCCCCGCGACAUCGCCGCCCGCAGUCGGCAACAGGCAUAACGUUAAACGUCAUAGUUUCACUGCUGUCAAUACGGGUCAUCAUGCUCAUCCCCAUCAUAGACACAGCGCUGAAAUACUUAGUCCUUCAGUAGACAGUGCCGUUAACAACGCCAAUAACAGCGGAGGCAAUGAGUCGUUUUCCCCCUUACAAACGGGUAGCGGUUGCACGGAUCACAAUCUUCGUCACAGGCGAAGCGGUAGCAGCGAUCUUGUUCUCGCCCAGCCUGCACUGCAAAGCGCACCUUCUAGCCAGACCUCCAGUGCGUCCGGCGCUACGCAUUUACCAGCGGCAUACGUAGCACUGUAUCCGUAUAAACCGCAAAAAGCGGACGAGCUCGAGUUGCGAAAGGGUGGUAUUUACAUGGUGACGGAGCGUUGUCAGGAUGGCUGGUUUAAGGGAACAUCUAAUCGCACCCAGAAAUGCGGAGUUUUCCCUGGAAAUUACGUUGCACCUACCAAAUGUCAACGUGGACUGUGUCGCGGAUCUCCGAAUUCGCCGAGUCAGCACCAAGGCUCACCGUUAUCGAACGCGCCGAGCGCCGAGUCGCGCUUGAUCGUGACUUACACGAAGAGCAAGGGUCCGGCUCCGCAACCGUACAACCCUCGCACACUGCCGCCACCGGAAUUACCGCCGCGCGCCAUCAGCCCCUCGUCGACGACCGUGUCCUCCUCAUCCUGGCACGCUGGUGGUCAGCAAAAUCAAGGACCAAAUCAGGAAACCAGCCCGCCACGACAUAACGACCAGAACGUAACCACCAAUCCGCUCGGACGCAGUCACAGUGCGGUGAUGACGUCGAAUAUUCCUUCUCCCGGAAAACAAGUCUCAGUGCCGUCGUCACUACAAUCAGCAGCUGGUAUCAAUAGUCCUAACAACGGUUGCAGUAGCACAACCAUUUCCGCUCCCUCCUCGUCCGCGAGCGAUAUGAACAGAAGUCCCAAUAACACAUUGCGAGUAGCGGGCGGUGUCGCGCUUUCAAACGCUGUUGCGACGGCUUCCAGAACCACGGAGAAGCCAAAGGAGAAGAAGGACAAGUGUGUCUCCUUGAUGCGACGUUUGACCAACAUCAAGAAGUCUAAAUCACCUCCACCCGCGACGUACUCGAUGGACAAUCCUGUAUUCGACGAUGGUAAUUCCGUCAAUCCGAUACACGUUCGAUCGGGGUCUUGCCCAAGUCAGUUGCUACAGGUGAUACCCAUACAGGAAUUAAAUCCUUCGAACAGCCAGCAACGUCCAGGCCCUGCGCAAGGGCACGUCACGUCCUCACAGAGAUUGAAAUACAAGGAGAGACCCUCCUUACCAGUGUCAGUAAUUCAGAGAUCUAGCGAGUCCGGUGCAAUGGUAUGCCCGACUAUUGGAAAUCAUCAUCGCAAAAGCAAUUCUUUAGACGCUGGAAUGGGAAAGCAAACGAAGCAACAGUCAUCGCGUGACCGUGAUCGGGUAUAUAGAUUCCGUUGCAUCGUACCGUAUCCACCCAAUAGCGAGUUCGAGCUGGAGCUGCGUGUAGGAGACAUAAUAUACGUACAUAAGAAGCGUGAGGAUGGAUGGUACAAGGGUACUCAGCAACGUACCGGCCGCACCGGACUGUUCCCGGCAAGUUUUGUGGAAGCUUUCUGAGACCCGACGCAAAGUCGCUUAGUGUUAGAAACUUGUAUAUAACUUGGCCUUUCGUAUGAGUACCGUGUUGCGCAUCAUCGAUUCGAAGUACUCGGAUUAGGAUUAUUUUGCGGCGCGUGCGCGGCGUGUAUCUGCGUGUUUCGUUGCUGGUUUUCUUCCACCGGGAAUAGUACUAAAUUAUUUCUAAAUCAAUUACGAGUGCUGUAUUUAAAAUCGUAAAUAGGUGUUACAAUGGGCGAAAGCGUGCAAUGACGAGAAAAUCGGUGACGGAAGUACCGCAUAGUGUUGCCGCGAGUUUUCCGAUAUCAGCACAUGCCGCAUGUAGCAUGUAGCAUGUAGCAAUUGACGUGUACAUCAAGUUGACGAAUUCACAUAAUGAACGUAAUAGGAAAUUUUAGCGAAGCGAUUACAUUCUGCGUAUAGAUACGCAAGAGAUGACGGAGAGUAAUACGAACGUGACAGACGCGUGCCGAAACUAUUUGAAAUUUAUACUGCCAUUGGUAAUGUAGGCGAACAAUGAGAGAGAAUAAGUUAAUUAUUUAUGCGCGACAUUACUGCCAUUUGCGAACAUAAAGAGAAAAUAUUAAUAUCUUGUUUUUUUGACAAGUUAUUGAUUUCUGUGAAAGUUUUUGCCUCUUUUUUUUUAUUCAUGACACUAACGUGUGAAAAAGAUAGUAUGAGAGCGUGCGAGAGAGAGUGUGUGUGUGUGUGUAAAAUUGUUCAUGACACAUAUAACUGAAAUGUAGAAUUAUGAAUUUGACAUUAUUUGACAUUAUAGAGAAGUAUCAGUUGAUACUUCUCUAAUUUUCUGUUUAUUUUUUUGAUUUGCCAUUAUAGGUAAAAUCAACAUAUUUAAUAUUGCACUUAUACACUAUGCUUAUUAUUAUAUAAUAUAUAAUUAGUUCCUCAAGUUAUUUCAAAAAGAAAUAUAUAUUCUAUCAUGAAAGUAGCUUAUUCUUUUUGAAUUUUGUUUAUUUGAUGAUUAUCUUUAUUAUGGCAUCUUACAUUUUGUUUAAAAACCUUUUUGCAUUUUCUGAGAAAAACAAAGAAGGAAACGCGAAUAUUUAGCUCACAGAUAAGUAAUUUGUAUGAGCACAAAUAAUUUUAAUAGACAUUGUUUAAGACUGGAAUACGUUUUUAAGUUAGACGAAAAUAAAGGAUGUCUCUUCUUUUAACGGGCAUAUCCACUAUGUAGACUGUCCCGAAACAACUGGUAAUAAUUUUAAUGAUAAAUUCUAUGAACUCUAUUGUAGCCUCGCGCGUGACAUUUUUGUAUUAGAAUUUUUGUUUUAGAAUAUUCCAUAGAAUCUGCUUUUAAAAUUAUUACUAGUAGUUUUGCGACCUAUACAGGGUGUCCCAGACUUACCGAAUCAUCGCUUCAGGGUAGACUGACAGGGUAGAUGCGCGGGGCCCCUUCGACCCGUUCCCGAAUGCGGGAAAAUUCAAUGGAUUGAUUAACUUCAACCUUUAUAGCGCCGAAACUGCGCCAACCUUGACAUUUUGACAAAGAAACUUUCGUCUCGGAAUAACGUCAGGAGUCUACCUUGAAAUAAUUCUGGGAAGUCUGGGACAUCUUGUACAUGCCAUGCGAAGAAAGAUGUUCUAUUUUGAUGAACAAUCUGGGUUGUUGUAGAUAGUUUAACUUUAAGAUAUUUAGAGAAUGGCCUUGAUACGCGCGAUCAUGUACUACUAUACUUAAUAUACACUGUUUUGUAAUUCAAUUUGUAUCUUAUUUUUCGAUUUAUAAGUCGCGGAGCAAUCGUGACAGAAUAAUUGGUUGUUGCAAAACGACUAAUGCUAGAUAAAUCUGGAAAGAUCCAAUAAAUUAAAGUGCUUCCAUUGUCUUAUUAAUGAUCAGUAUUUAGAUACGAGUUUAGUUAUCUAUUUUCUAUUAUCGAUAAUUGUACAAUUUUUGCAUAACCAAUUUUUAUAAAUCUUUAUAUGCUGUUGAGAGAUAUUUUACUAAUUGCGAUCAUUAUUGCAUUAAUUUCGCAAUCAUUUUCUAGAGUUUACAUUAAGUUGCAAGUGUACCUAAUAUUAAUAUGUUAUUCAAUAAUUCUUUACAUCAAAUUAAUGUACAUACCGCGUAAACUGAUGUAUAACUACAUAGAAAAAAUAUUUGUACAUAUUAUACUAUAUAAUGCUCAAAUUAUUAAUCUUUAUGUAUACAUAAUCAUAUACAUAUACAUUCACAUAUAAUAUUUUCAUUUAAACUCAUGUACUGCACAAAUCCAGAUAUAAUCAGAAAACGUACACACUUUGUGCACAGUAUAAUUUUAAUCACACAUGUAUACGCGUCCGUAUAUAUUUAUAUUGAUUAUGAAUAUUUUCUCUCACGAGGGACGCACACAUGUACAUAAUUAUAAUUUUACUGUAAUCUUGAUAUUACAGAAGUCUGCAGAUAUCCUCUCAUUUCAAUUAGAGAUACCGAUAGAGACACAACGAACUAUAUUAUAAUAAACAGACAUGUAGCGUUGUACGAUACACACAUUGAAGGUAGAGAUCGUUCGCUUAGAGAUAUCUAAAAAAUAUUCAUUAUUACGUUUUAUAAUUGAUGCAACAUUAGGCACAAAUGUUCUAGUAUUCUUGAUUCUUUGAUAUUUCUAUAGUGACCGUAAUAGCUGUAAUUGUAAAUACAACCAUGGUAUCUGCAAAAUCCUGCGAUAUCAAGAGUUCUGUCGUCUCCAUUGAAAUGCAAAGCAGACAGAUACGAGAGAACAAUGGUUUAUGUUAAGCGAUAAUACAAAAGCGUCCAUCUCUGUCCUUUGAAAGAGCGUUUGCCCGUAAGCUUACGAAUGAAUGAUUUGUUCUGGUCAUUGAGACGUAGGAAAAAAGGAGGGAAUUAUCAUAAUUCAUAAAAAUUAUAAGAAGUAGAAGGUCGAUGAAGUCUAAGCGAGGAAAUUGUGAGUUAAGGGUACAUUUAUUAGAUGCGUACGGAGAAAUGUAAUUUUAUAGCGAUUCGUCCAGAUGGAAGGUGACUGGAUAUAUUUUUUCGGUGUAUCAGGCAUUUUCCGGUACGGAGGAAGGAAAACUGAUCGUAGAGUAGAGAGAGAGUCGAAUUUGAUCGCACGUGACGCACCUUUAGGGAGAAUCACGAUAUAGUGAGGAAACAAAAAUAUCUCUUACACUCUUAUGAGGGGCCAUAUUGGGCAUGCUGUAAUAAAUUCGGCAGUCUAUUACGAAACGCGAUAUUUAGCAAAACCGAAGGAAUGAUAGGACGUAAAAUAUACGACGUACAUAUAUACGUAUACACAUAUUUAUAUGCGAAAGGGAAAAACGAGUUCGUCUAUUUGUGUUCACGCGAAUUAAUCGAGUCAUUAUUAUUAUACUCUAUCGUAUCGUAUUCGUAUCGUUCGCGUUAUUAGUACCGUACGCACAAUGUAUUUAAUGUUUUGCAUCUCGAGUUUGCAUAUCCACCCAGCGAUACGUAAGGAUGCAACUUUUCGUACGAUGACAGCUUCUUUUUAUAUAUAUAUAUCUUUUGUUUCACGUCUACUACGUGAUUUCCGUCGAUAACUAAAUUACUCGAUUGAAUUCCUUGUAGAACAAAUUACAUAGAAACUAUUUAUAUAUACGAACAUAUGUGUGUUUUAUAUGAUGUACACUUAAGUAAUUUAUUACUAAUGUCUGUGCGGUAUAUCAGAUUGGCUGUAACGAUGUAACGAACAAUAUUAACAUUCUCGUAUGUUUCGCGUGUGGCGCGAAUUGAGCGCGACACGAUCGUUAUACACCGGUAUAAGACCGUCUUCCGCAUACCGUAUCAUUGAUUUAACAUCGCUGCCCGUGUGUUCUGCGUUUCAAACGGUGCAUGGCGUAUGUGCAAAACGCGUUAAAGAUGACAAAAGUCAGUUGAAUCAAUGCGUGCAUAUGCGCGAACGUUUCUCUCUCUGCAUGGGUUGUAAAUAAGUUACUGCGAAAUCUGGCAUUCCCACGGUACAACGAUACGGUAAAAUUACGUCAUUGAAGCUAUACUCUCGUAUUCGUGUAGGCCAACGACUUUUCCGCGUUCCGCGGGUGUAGUCGUCGAAAUCUGUCUAUUAGGUUGCGAUACAGGCACGUAGCGUAGCAUGUAAGAUACAGACCCGAGUCAAGAGUUUUUGUUUAGACCAAAUGUGUUUCUAGCACCUCUUUCGUAAAAGGAAAACCUAGAACGUAGCCGUUAUAUACCGAUUAUUAUUAUCCUUACAGGCUACUUUACGCUACUCGGUAUUUUGUCACUAACGUAAUAAUGUUCCAACAAGUCUAUGUCGAUGUCGUGUCCAAGCGUAAUUUACACGUAUACAUAUAGGUAUCGUUUAAUAUUUAUAGACUAGCGUAUACAACCUGUAAUAAAAUCCUUCACGUGGCUAUCACAAAAA